AUGGAAACAGCUUAGGAAUGCAUCGUUCUAACGCUGUGUGCAUCCUUGUGCAGAUACUGGCAUCGCUGUUCUUCCUGCGGCGCUGGUCACCGUUACUUCAACCAGUCAUCGUCACCCCGUCAGCAAAUAAUCAAGUGUUGCUUGGCUUUCCGGACAACAUCGUCGGCGGGCCCUUCGGUGCUCCCGCGGAUUGGCCGCAACCGCAGCGUGUCUUCACUCCGUUCGAGAGGGUUUACGCAUCGACAUCGACAUCGUCACUCACGGAUGGCCUGGCUUUAAAACCGUGGAGCGCCCUUGGAUGCUUCAGUGGGCAUGGAAACAGCUUAGGAAUGCAUCGUUCUAACGCUGUGUGCAUCCUUGUGCAGAUACUGGCAUCGCUGUUCUUCCUGCGGCGCUGGUCACCGUUACUUCAACCAGUCAUCGUCACCCCGUCAGCAAAUAAUCAAGUGUUGCUUGGCUUUCCGGACAACAUCGUCGGCGGGCCCUUCGGUGCUCCCGCGGAUUGGCCGCAACCGCAGCGUGUCUUCACUCCGUUCGAGAGGGUUUACGCAUCGACAUCGACAUCGUCACUCACGGAUGGCCUGGCUUUAAAACCGUGGAGCGCCCUUGGAUGCUUCAGUGGGCAUGGAAACAGCUUAGGAAUGCAUCGUUCUAACGCUGUGUGCAUCCUUGUGCAGGUUGGUUCCGUUCCAUCACUACACGCUAAGAAAACUAACAACCAUUGCCUUUUGCUGUUUCCGUGCCCAAGUGUUUUUUUCGCAUUACUUCUGGAGUGUCUCGACGUUUUGAGGUCACUGUUAUUACUCUCUGGCGACGUAGAGCUUAACCCCGGCCCCAUGACUGUAGCUCAAGCGACGCAACUAGAUGAUGUAUGCAAGCUGCUGCAAGACCUUAAUGCUCGUGCCAUAAAGUCACAGGAGGGGCAGAGCAGUUUAAUAAAAACCGUGGAAGAAAUAAAAAAAAACCAGCAAUCCAUUGAAGCAAAAAUUAACGAAUUUGGAAGUCGACUCCUCCUUGUUGAAAGUAAGAUUUCUGCGCUUGAAAUAGUCGACCACGACUUUCAAGAGAUGCAGGGCGUCGCAGAAGCUUUGCAGAACAAUAACGUUAACUUACUCGAGCGUCUUAAUGAACUUGAAGAUCGUUCAAGACGUGAUAACCUCAUUAUUCAUGGUCUUCCCGAUGUUGCGUCAGAAACAUGGGCGGAAAGUGAAACAAAAGUUCUCGAGCUUAUUUCCCGUUCCCUUCAGCUCCAGGUUACCCCAGAUUGCAUUGAGCGCGCACAUCGAAUCGGCUCCUUCAAUCCUACCAGAUGUCGCCCGCUAGUUAUAAAGUUUUCUUCCUUUAAGGUCAAGGACAAGGUACUUUUCUCGCGACUAAAAUUAAAAGGAAGCACGACGUAUAUCACCGAAGAUUUUUCUCCAGCUACUCGAAUUGCCAGAAAAAAACUAAUUGAAUUUGGUAAAGCUACGAAUUGCAUAUAUCAGCUGCGGUAUAACAAGCUGCAUGUCAACAAAAAGUGCUACAUGUACAACGCGACUACUGAUAAUGUUUUUGAGUUCGGUUCCGCCCCCGAUGUGCGCGCGAGAGAUAACACAGAGAUUGUUCCAACUAACCUAACAUCUGCAUCAUCAUAACGAGUUGCGAGGGGUGAGGGUCGUACUGAUAAAAA